AUGCCGGGCCACACAACUGCGGCAUCUGCGGCAAGAGGCUGCGGAGUCAGGCUGGCCUCGAGUCGCACCUGCGCUGCCAGCACACCCUGCACCCGGAGGCGCUGGCGACGAUCCCAGGAGCUGGCGGACAUGCUGCAGAUGGUUCCGACUGCCCCGACAGAAGACAGGGACCAGGAGCAGGACGAUUGGUGCGCCGUCGUGGUCAAGCCGCAGGGGUGCCCCACCAUGGGCAGCGGGGGCCUCGCUCACGCCGACUGGCUGCUGAGGCAGCUGGAGCCCAGCGCGGCCCCGGACAGCCUGCGGAAGCCCCGGCCCUGCCACAGGCUGGACGCAGGCACUGGGGGCCUCGUGGUGUUGGCCAAGACCACCGCCGCCGUGCAGCGCAUCAGCGAGGCGUUCGUGCAGCAUCAGGUCCAGAAGCGCUACAGGGCCCUGGUCUGGGGACGCCUAGAGGUCGGCCACGAGCGGCGCGUCGACGAGCCCUUGCACGGGCUGCCGUCCUCCACGCUGCUGCGCGUGGCCGCGCCGGCGGCGGCCACGACCUCCGGCUGGGUCAGCACCGUUGACCUUUGGCCGCUCACUGGCCGCACGCACCAGCUACGCAAGCACAUGAAGUUCUUGGGCUGCCCAAUAUUGGGCGAUCGCCGGUAUGGAGGCUUCAACGUGGCCGGCGCUUCCGGGGAGGAGGACUCCGACUCGGACGCGGACGCCGCCCUCGGGGCCCAGGCCGCGAGGGGGGCACUCACGCGGCUUCAGCGGUUUCAGCAGGCUGCCGCUCGCAUUCCUCCUCAUGUCUCGUUCCCGCACCCGGCCAGCUGGGAGCCAGGAGCCGCCUCCACGCGCGUGGUCGCCCAGAUCGAGGAGCCGGGCUGCUUCCAGCAGAUCCGCGGGGCCGUCGAGCGUGCCGCAUGGCCCGAGGCGGCACGGGCCGCGGCGCCGGCCAGCCACGACUCCCUGCACAGGGCUCUGCUGCUCUAUGAGAAGCGCCUUCGCCGCGCGAGCGCGCUAACUCAGCACUGGGGCACCGAGCUGAGCGUGGCGUUCCACUGGGCCAUCGUUCGGCAGCGCCCCAACUCCGUGCGCGACGACGAGGCAGCAGAGGCCGCGGCCUGGCUAGCGGCGGAGCUGGCCAGCCGAGCCGUCGCGGGGCGGCGCGCUGCCAGGGGCGCGUCUGGCUGUUCGACCAGGAGAAAGUGGAUGUCGCAGGGCUACCUGAGUCAGCUUUCCCCCAUCAGCGAGCCAGACAUGUAUUAUGAGGGAGAAGGUUGCAAGAAGGACAUAGAGAAGGCAGCCAAGUGGUACGGCAAGUCUGCUGACAAUGGCAGAAGUAAGGCGCAGUACAACUACGCCAUGAUGCUGCAGAGCGGGAAGGGCGUGGAGCAGGACCCGGCAAAGGCGGCGGAGUAUUUCGAGAAGGCGGCGGAGCAGGGCUUCCCGGAGGCCGCUUUCGCCCUCGCCGUGCUGCUCGACGGGGACCAGGGCAUCCCAGAGGACAAGGCCGGCGCCAAGAAGUGGUACACCGAGGCCGCCGUGAGAGGCCACGUGGAGGCCAGGAGCCACGGAGUUGCUCCCCGCAACCCGCGCCCGGUGAAGGCGCUCGAGCUGUUCGAGAAGGCAGGUAAGGAAGGGCACAAGCAGUGCGAGCCGCGGCUGGCCUGCCCGGGCGGCACGGUGGUCGAGCCCAGCCCCGUGGGCCUGAAGGCGGGGAUGCUCGCCGGGCUCGCGGUCGCGGGCGCAGGGGUGCUGGCCGGCUGGACCCUCGAGCGCCGCCAGGCCUACGGCCUGCGAGCGGGGGGCUUCAUCCUGCUGGAGUACGUCGGGCACCCGAAUGUGAUGCACGAGCGGCUGGUGAUCUUCGCCCCGAGUGGGCAGACUCUGGUCUGCACGCUCACGCCCGACGACGAUAGUUACGAGGAGGACAUCUUCGGAGUCAUCCACGUGCGGAGGUGGCUGCCGUGCGAUGGCGGGCGCAUGGGGGCGCAUUUGGUCGCGGUCGCAGCGCUCUACGUGCACGGUUUCCGUGGCGUGCCCAUGCUGGCGAGGGUCGCCCAGGUGCUCGCCGCCGCGGCGUCACGCAUGGGGGCGGUGCCGGCGCUGGGCACGGUGGUGGAGUGCUGGUUGCCAAGCCCCAUCGCCCCCCCGGCAGCGCCAGGGGCGGCGCCUGCCGCGGGCGGCGGCGUGGGCGGGUUCGCGGCUGCCUUGGCCCUGCCGCCUGCUGGCGCGGAUGGAACGGCGGCGGCGGCGUCGCCCCCGCCCUUGAUUGGGCGCCAGCGCCAGGCGGAGCAGGCGGAGCAGGCGGCAGCGGCGGCCCCAGCCGGCGCGGCGGGAGCGGCCCCCGCGGACGCACGUAUCAGGCCCGUCUCCUUCGAUCUGCAGGUCCAGAGGCACGUGGACUACAGGACAGCGGUGAUGAACAUGGAGGACUGGCCUGUCCGAGGCCCUGCCACGGCGCUGUGGACGCUGAAGUUCAUGGAGGCGCACGGGGGCACUCCCACCGGGCGCCAUUCGAGGUGGCUCUCGGAGAUGCGGCUCGCCGGACAUGAGCCCAGCGUCCACGAGCACGAGAUGGCCUGCCGAACCCUCGAGCGGAUGGUGGUGCACGACCAGCUGAAUGUGGCGAACCCCGCCUCGGGCGAGAUGCUGGCCCGGGCUGUGCAGCUCCAGGAGGAGCGCCAUCGUGACAGGGUGGCGCCGGCGGUGGACUCGCCGAAUGAGAACGCCCACAUCCUGCUGGGGACGGACCAGCUCCGCGGCAACGCGUGCGUCGCCCCGGCAUUGCAAGAGUUUUGCAAGGAGGAGCUCCGCAAGCAGAACGCGCACCGCAAGGAGCAGAGAAAAGCCAGAGAGGAGCACGAGUUGGCCCGCAAGUCCGGCAACAAGAAGAAGGGCAACGGCGAUAAAGGCUCUGGCAAGGAUGAUAAGUGA